GCAAGCCUGCAAAUACACAGCAACCAUAACAACAGCACCUAAAUCUGCACUUAUCACUUCUGUCUACCAAUGGCUGCGUCUACAAUGGCUCUUUCCUCCUCCUUUGCCGGCAAGGCGGUGAAGCUCACUCCCUCCUCCCCUGAGCUCAUGGGCAAUGGCCGUGUAUCUAUGAGAAAAACUGGAGGCAAGGCUGUUUCCUCUGGAAGCCCAUGGUAUGGUCCUGACCGUGUUAAAUACUUGGGUCCAUUUUCCGGUGAGCCUCCAUCCUACUUGACUGGUGAAUUUCCUGGUGAUUAUGGUUGGGAUACUGCUGGACUCUCUGCUGACCCAGAAACCUUUGCUAAGAACCGUGAGCUUGAAGUGAUUCACUGCAGAUGGGCCAUGCUUGGAGCCCUUGGUUGCGUCUUCCCUGAGCUCUUGGCUCGCAACGGAGUCAAGUUCGGCGAGGCUGUGUGGUUCAAGGCAGGAGCGCAGAUCUUUAGUGAGGGUGGUCUUGACUACUUGGGAAAUCCAAGCUUGAUCCAUGCACAAAGCAUUUUGGCCAUAUGGGCAUGCCAGGUUGUGUUGAUGGGUGCCGUUGAGGGUUACAGAAUUGCUGGUGGACCACUCGGUGAGGUGACAGACCCAAUCUAUCCUGGUGGGAGUUUUGACCCAUUGGGAUUGGCUGAUGACCCAGAGGCAUUUGCUGAGCUGAAGGUAAAGGAAAUCAAGAAUGGCAGAUUGGCUAUGUUCUCCAUGUUUGGAUUCUUUGUUCAGGCCAUUGUGACAGGAAAGGGACCAUUGGAGAACUUGGCUGACCACCUUGCUGAUCCUGUCAACAACAAUGCCUGGGCUUAUGCCACAAACUUUGUCCCUGGAAAAUGAGCUUGAGAAUGGAGUUUUUUAAUGUAUGAAUUUGGAUUGCUGGUUGUGAUAUGUAAUUUGUUGUGAGUUAAUCCAAAAGAUGGUGUGAAUUUCGCGUGAUAAAAAAAAGAAGCCAUUUUCUUAA